AUCAUAUCAGUAAGAAGAGACGGCUCUGAUGGAUCUAACUGUAGCCCUACUGGUGGGCCUCACCUGUCUGCUUCUUCUCUCUCUCUGGAGACAGAAUCCUGGGAGAGGGACACUACCUCCUGGCCCUACUCCUCUUCCAAUUAUUGGAAAUUUCCUACAGAUAGACGUGAAGGACAUCCGCCAAUCCUUAACCAAUUUCUCAAAAGUCUAUGGUCCUGUGUUCACUCUCUAUUUGGGCACACGGCCCACUGUGGUGUUGCAUGGCUAUGAAGCAGUGAAGGAAGCUCUGAUUGAUCAUGGGGAGGAGUUUGCUGGAAGAGGAAGGUUCCCAGUGUUUGAAAAAUCUAGUAAAGGCUUGGGACUUGUCUUUAGUAAUGGGAACAGAUGGAAAGAGAUAAGGCGUUUCACACUCAUGACACUACGGAACUUGGGGAUGGGGAAAAGGAAUAUUGAGGAUCGUGUUCAAGAGGAAGCCCAGUGCCUUGUGGAGGAACUGAGGAAAACCAAUGGCUCGCCCUGUGAUCCCACCUACAUCUUGAGCUGUGCUCCUUGCAAUGUGAUCUGCUCCAUUAUUUUCCAGAAUCGCUUUGAUUAUAAUGAUCAGGAAUUUCUUGACUUGAUGGAAAGAUUAAAUGAUGAUACCCAGAUUCUGAGCUCCCCAUGGAUGCAGGUCUGUAAUAACUUCCCUUUUCUCAUCGACUAUUGUCCAGGAAGUCACAACAGAUUUUUGAAAAAUAUGGAUUACAAUAAAAGUUAUUUUAUGAAGAAAAUAAAAGAACAUCAGGAAUCCCUGGAUGUUACAAAUCCACGAGACUUUAUUGAUUAUUAUUUAAUUAAAAGAAAUCAGGAAAACCACAAUCACUCUUCUGAAUUUACACUUGAAAACUUGGCCAUCACUGUGAGUGAUUUGUUUGCCGCUGGGACAGAAACAACAAGCAUAACACUGAGAUAUGCUCUCCUGCUCCUGCUGAAGUACCCACACGUCACAGCUAAAGUGCAGGAGGAGAUCGACCGUGUGGUUGGCAGACACCGGGGCCCUUGCAUGCAGGACAGGAGCAGCAUGCCCUACACAGAUGCCAUGGUGCACGAGGUCCAGAGAUACAUUGAUCUCAUCCCCACCAACCUGCCUCACGCAGUAACUUCUGAUGUUAAAUUCAAGAACUAUCUCAUUCCCAAGGGAACAACUGUGUUAACAUCCCUGUCAUCUGUACUGACGGACAACAAGGAGUUCUCCGACCCAGAGAAGUUUGACCCUGCCCACUUUCUAGAUGAGAAAGGAAACUUUAAGAAAAGUGGCUACUUUAUGCCUUUUUCAGCAGGAAAAAGGAUGUGUGCAGGAGAAGGCCUGGCUCGCAUGGAGCUCUUUCUAUUCUUGACCACCAUUCUACAGAACUUUAAACUGAAACCUCUCGUUCACCUAAAGGACAUCGAUAUAACACCAGUAACCAGUGGGCUUGCUUCACUGCCACCCACCUACCAACUCUGCUUCAUUCCUGUCUAAAGAACAUCAGACUGGCUGGAUCCUGCUGGGUUGUCUUCUGCCAUCCCCUCCAUGUCACCCUCCACCUUCUUGAUCAGUGACACUGUACAUGUCUUCCUCUCUCAUACCUCCCAUUCUCUCUAGUUACAGGGAUCAUCCAUCCUUUGUUUCACAGUUCCUUUAGUCAGCUCACAUAUGCAUCUGGAAAUCCCUAUUCUCUAUGAUACUGUUAUGCUCACUUACUCUAAUACAUAUCUGAUUCUGAGUUAUUAGUAUGACUUCACUGAAAAACAGAGAAACCAUUAGCAUACAAUAAUAAUUCAUAGUCAUUUUAUUCUGCAUUCAUUAAAUAAUAAAUAUUUUUGAUUGGUA